AUGGGGCGUAAAGUGAACCAAAAAGGCAUCCUUCUUGGGUUUCUUGUGAUUUCAUUUGCCAAGUUUCUGUCUUGCGAAGCUAAGACUCAUCACUACUCAUUCAAUAUUAAAGAAGCUCCAUAUACAAGACUGUGCAGCACGAAGAGCAUUUUAACUGUAAACGGUCAAUUUCCAGGCCCAGGGCUACACAUCCGGCAAGGAGAUACCGCCAUCAUUCAUAUCCGAAAUGAAGCAGACGAAAACAUCACUAUACAUUGGCAUGGAGUUAAACAGCCGAGAAAUCCAUGGUCAGAUGGUCCGGCAUAUAUCACACAAUGUCCAAUUAUGCCUGGAAAAUCAUUCACCCAAAAAAUCGAACUCUCUGAUGAAAUUGGAACAAUGUGGUGGCAUGCACAUAGUGAUUGGUCUAGAGCUACAGUUCAUGGCAUGAUUGUCAUUCAUCCCAAAAGCGGAGACCAUUACCCAUUUCCUCGAGCUCAUGCCGAAGUCCCCAUCCUCUUAGGUGAAUGGUGGAAGAGUGAUGUGGAUGCCGUUCUUAAGGAAUUCAAAAUUAAUGGAGCCCCUCCAAAUGUAUCCGAUGCGUUCCUCAUAAAUGGUCAACCUGGUGAUCUUUAUCCAUGCUCCAAAUCAGAUACAUUUAAGUUGGUUGUGGAAUAUGGCAAGACCUAUUUGCUCCGAAUACUAAAUACAGCAAUGAAUAACAUCCUUUUCUUCUCCAUUGCAAAUCAUCAAAUGACAGUGGUAGCAUCAGAUGGAAGCUACACAAAGCCAUUCCAAACAAACUACAUUUCAAUAUCACCUGGACAAACCCUAGAUGUCUUGUUAGAAGCCAAUCAAACACCAAAUCACUAUUACAUGGCUGCCAAGGCUUAUCAUAGCAACCCUAUAGUCGAAUUCGAUAAUUCAACGACAACUGGAAUCAUCGAAUAUAUUGGAAACUACACUCCAUCUUCAUCUCCAUACUUCCCUGAAAAUCUCCCAAUCUUUAAUGAUACAAAAGCAUCCACUUCUUUUUUAGCAUCCUUAAGAAGCUUAUCAACUCCAGUUGAUGUCCCUUUAGAAAUUGAUACUAAACUUUUUUUUACAUUCUCAAUAAAUUUACAACCUUGUGAAAAAAACCACACUUGCGCAGGACCACUAGGGGAAAGAUUACUAGCAAGCAUAAAUAACAUUAGCUUCCUCGAACCUCAAAUUGAUAUACUUCAAGCUUAUCAUAGUGGGUUGUUAGGAGUAUACAAUGAUCAUUUCCCUGACUCACCGCCUUUGAAAUUCAAUUUCACGUCGAAUAAUCUUCCGCCUUCUCUGUUUAUACCUAAUCGAGGAACUAGUGUUAAGGUUCUCGAAUAUAAUUCAAAUGUUGAGAUUGUUUUCCAAGGAACUAGUGUUGUUGCAGCUCUUGAUCACCCUAUUCAUUUACAUGGACAUAGCUUUUAUGUCAUUGGUUCGGGUAUCGGAAACUUUAAUGAGAAGAAGGAUCCUUUGAGCUAUAACCUUGUUGACCCUCCUUUAAUGAACACAAUUGCUGUCCCCAAAGAUGGCUGGACAACCAUUAGAUUCAAGGCCAAAAAUCCCGGGGUUUGGCUGAUGCAUUGCCAUAUUGAGCGUCACAACACUUGGGGGAUGCAGAUGGUUUUCAUUGUUAAGAAUGGGAAAGGAUUGGGAGAACAAAUGCUUCCGCCGCCUCCAAAUAUGCCACCAUGUUAA